AUGUCCCUUGUGCAGAAUUCACGCUUCAGUCGUCGUUACUAUGGACGAAUUAUUUGUACCAGUAUGCUUCAGGUUAUGAGUAGAGAAGAUCCGAUUUUCGGUCAGCAAUAUAUCAAUGGAUCGGUGUUCCGAAAUCACGUCGACCAUUUGAUAUUUAAGACCCGUACGGUAUCACUAGAACAUUUGGCGUUUCGAAUUGAACUCUUCACUGAUAUCGAUCGUAUUGGGUUAGCAUACGCUUUACCAGCUGCUUUACCUGAUCUCUACGGAAAAGCCACGUUUCCAAUCAUAUCGUUAAGGAAUAUUCCUAUCGGACAAAUUGAUAUUGAUUAUAUGCUCGUCAAAGCUCUACCGAUGAAUCGAUCAAUUCGUGAUAACAUCGCAGUGUCCUGGGGCCGAUAUUGGAAGAAGCGCAACACUAUUGAGGUCGGGCAUCGAGGAAUGGGCAGUUCGUACACAAAAAUGGCCGCCGCUCGAGAAAACACUGUGCACUCGCUAUGCCAAGCCGCCAAAAACGGAGCUGACUUCGUUGAAUUCGACGUUCAACUUACAAAGGUGGUAAAGCAAUGUUAUCACAUUUACGCAUCACACUUAUCUUUUUUCCUCUCACAGGAUCUUAGUCUCGACCAACUUCAUCUCUUGCACCUUGAACAUCCAGCUGAACGGUUAGUUAAAACAUGGCGUGUAACUCCAACUGAAGAAGAAUACAGCCAAGCGGACACCAAUCCUUUCCCUCAUAUUAAGCAGGUGUUUGACUCCGUUGAUAGCGAUGUUGGAUUCAAUAUCGAAGUGAAGUACCCAAUGAAAAUGAAGGUGGCAUACAUAGAGCGUAACGAAUUCAUUGACGUUAUCUUACGGAAUGUGCUUGAAAUCGCCGGCAAACGGAGAGUGAUAUUCUCGAGCUUUGAUCCAGACGUUUGCACUUUGAUAACACUUAAGCAACAUGUGUAUCCAGUUAUGUUCUUGGUGGUAGGCACAACAAGACGCUAUGUUUCUUUCCAGGAUAUCCGGUCGGACUGCUCAGAAAUAGCCGUCAAUUUCGCAGCGGGUAAUGGACUACUAGGAGUUAAUUUUCAUAGCGAAGAACUGCUUCAGAAUGCAGCACCUCUUUAUCGCGCUGAAAAAUUCAAUCUCGUCAAAUUUGUGUGGGGUGACGAUCUCAAUAUCAAGAAGAACGUUGAAUACUUCAGAGGACUUCAUGUCGAUGGUGUCAUCUAUGACCGGGUAUUAUUUGUGAACGACCACAGCCAUGCCGAGAUAUCUGCAAAACUCCGGACCGCAGGUGUCUGCGGUGGGGAAUGA